AUCUGGCCGUAAGAACGCUCGGGCGUUCGGAGUUCUAUAACAGAUGCGCAUAUUGGAACACAGCCUAGCUCUCGUGUGGCGCGCAUGGAGACGGCAUCAGAGCGGAGUGAAACAGUGAGGCUGUGGCGAUUUGACGGUUAAAUUGAGUUUAGUGGACGCUGUUCGCGUCGCCGGGACCUGCUGACCUGCUCGCCUCCGUGCCUGACCGCUGUGCCGCGCGGCCGGGAGUUUACGGCCUUUAGCUUAGCUCGCCACACUAGCCCGCUGUGGGGAAGUAAACAGGUCAGCGCAGCGGGAAGCGUCACUAGCCCGACGAGGUUGUGUGGUUUUUGUAAGUUUUUUAGGGAGUUUAUCACGUUUGGACGCGAUGGUUCUGUUAAAAAGUUUGUCGCCUCCUAACGAGGGUGUUCGGCACCAGCAGGCGGAGACGGCAGCGGUUCUAGACGGGAAAGAACUCGGAACAGGAACCCUCUACGUCGCCGAGUCGCGUCUGUCUUGGUUCAAUGGAUCAGGGAUGGGCUUCUCGCUGGAGUACCCCUCCAUCAGCCUCCACGCAAUCUCUCGAGACCUAAGCGCUUACCCACAAGAGCACCUGUACGUGAUGGUCAACAAAAAGCUAGAUGAUGAAAAUGAAGCUGAGAUGCAUGAGCGAGCUCCAGACGAUGAAGGUGAAGAGAGCGACGAUGACAGUGAAGAUGGGGUCAUCGCAGAGAUCCGAUUUGUACCCAGUGAUAAAGCAGCUUUGGAGUCCAUGUUUUCUGCUAUGUGUGACUGCCAGGCUUUGCACCCGGACCCGGAGGACGAAGAGUCAGACGAGUUCGAAGGAGAGGAGUAUGAUGUGGAGGAGGCAGAGCAAAGCCAUGGCGAUAUACCCACAUUUUACACCUAUGAGGAGGGUUUAUCACAUCUGACAGCUGAAGGCCAAGCCACCUUGGAGAGGCUGGAGGGGAUGCUGGCCCAGUCUGUGGCCGAACAGUUCCACAUGGCUGGAGUUAGGACUGACGAACCAUCAGCUGAGUUUGAAGACGGGAUGGAAGUUGACCCAAAUUCUGCAGAAGCUGGACAAUUUGACGAUGCUGACGUAGAUCACUGAUGGAGCUCAAGUCUCCAACACUAGCCGAAGCACUUCAGGGCCUCAGAGUGAUACCGACUCUGUUCACCAGGCUCUUCCGCACUGCCCUGUGCCCUCGGUGGAACUCUCUGGGCUGUUGUUCACCAAAGCCCUCGUUUCCCCAGCUCUAACACACCAUUUCUGUUUUUGAUGUUGUGUUUUGUACUUUUCCUUAAGACCAAAUUCUAUCAGUGCUGUUUGUAUGAAAUAUCA